CAAGAAGAAUAGAAUAAUACCGGAAAAGGGAUAAAACGGCAAUGACCAUUUUCUUGGAAUGGGUGCAUCUAAGCUGAUACUAAUAAUACUAGUAAUAUAUACCAAAUACCAAAAUACCAUACUUACCCUCUCCCUCGCCCCUCAUUUUGCCCUGGUUGGUUCCGUACCUGCCAAAAACACCGAUCCAACCCACCCUUGGACCCGAAAAGUAGCAUAAACAAAAAUCUAUUUCUGCUCUCAAAACUCCGAUCAAAACCACACUCUUGAUGCUUCCACUUGAUUUCAGUAUCACCCCUCUUAGUAUAGUAUAGGAGAUAGCGAUUGACAUCAUUGCUGGUAUCAUUAAUUGGCGGAGUUUGGGGGAUUUGAACUAUAGCUAGCCAUGGCUUCUCUGCAGCUAUUACAGUUGACGGAGCGGGGUCGUAGCCUGCUUUCGUCAGGUCGCAGGAAAACUCUAUUGCUGGCAACUGGCAUUAUAGUUGCUGGUGGGACUGCUGCAUACAUGCAUUCACAGAGCAGGGUUAGAAGGCCCAAUGAAACUAAUGGAUUGGGAGAUGAUCAUGAAAAUGAACGAGUGAGCAGGAACAAGAGUGUUAUAAAAAAAAGCAGGCAAAAGAAAGGACUGAAAUCACUCCAGGUUUUAGCUGCAAUUCUGUUAUCCCAUAUGGGCAAAAUGGGUGCAAAGGACCUUUUAGCUCUUCUGGCCACAGUGAUGUUACGAACUGCUGUGAGCAAUAGAUUAGCAAAAGUCCAAGGAUUCCUGUUUCGUGCUGCUUUUCUUCGGCGCGUGCCGACCUUUGUUCAGCUGAUCAUUGAAAACAUUACCUUAUGUUUUGUUCAAUCAGCUUUGUAUUCUACAUCCAAGUACAUAACAGGGACCUUAAGCUUGAGGUUCAGAAAGAUACUCACAAAGCUUAUUCAUGCACAGUAUUUUCAGAAUAUGAUAUACUACAAAAUGUCCCAUGUUGAUGGACGGAUAACUAAUCCUGAGCAAAGAAUCGCAAGUGAUGUACCAAAGUUCUGUUCAGAAUUGAGUGAUCUUAUACAGGAAGAUCUUACUGCAGUUACUGAUGGCCUGCUAUAUUCCUGGCGCCUUUGUUCUUAUGCAAGCCCCAAAUAUAUAGUUUGGAUAUUGGCUUACGUGUUAGGAGCAGGAGCGACUAUCAGAAACUUCUCUCCUGCAUUUGGUAAAUUGAUGUCUACAGAGCAACAACUUGAAGGCGAGUAUAGACAACUUCACUCAAGGUUGAGGACUCAUGCAGAAAGCAUAGCAUUUUAUGGUGGUGAAACUAGAGAGGAAUCCCAUAUCCAGCACAAGUUCAAGGCACUUGUCAAUCAUUUGAAACUUGUCCAGCAUGACCAUUGGUGGUUUGGCAUGGUUCAGGAUUUCUUAUUGAAGUAUCUUGGUGCUACUGUUGCUGUUAUCCUAAUCAUAGAGCCUUUCUUUUCUGGCACUUUGAGGCCCGACACCUCAACAUUAGGACGUGCAGAGAUGUUGAGCAAUCUCAGAUAUCAUACCAGUGUCAUUAUAUCGCUAUUUCAGUCAUUGGGAACUCUCUCCAUCAGUUCCAGACGCCUCAAUCGCCUAAGUGGGUAUGCGGAUCGCAUUCACGAACUUAUGGCUAUAUCUCGAGAGUUAAGUCCAAAAGACGUACCAUCCCUACAGAAAAGAGGGAGUAAGAAUUAUAUAACUCAGGCAGACUACAUAGAGUUUGAUGGAGUCAAGGUGGUUACUCCAAGUGGUAAUGUCCUGGUGGAAGACUUGACUUUGAAGGUCGAAUCAGGAUCUAACCUUUUAAUCACAGGACCAAAUGGUAGUGGGAAAAGCUCGCUGUUCCGAGUGUUGGGAGGGCUGUGGCCUUUGGUGUCUGGACAUAUUGUAAAACCUGGGGUUGGUUCGGAUCUGAAUAAAGAGAUCUUUUAUGUACCCCAAAGACCAUAUACAGCUGUAGGGACACUACGUGACCAGUUGAUCUAUCCUCUUACCUCUGAUCAAGAAGUUGAACCUCUGACCCACAGCGAAAUGGUUGACCUGUUAAAAAAUGUUGACCUUGAGUAUUUGCUAAAUCGUUACCCACCUGAAAAAGAGAUUAACUGGGGGGAGGAGUUGUCUCUCGGAGAGCAACAAAGAUUGGGAAUGGCGAGGCUUUUCUAUCACAAACCCAGAUUUGCAAUUCUUGAUGAAUGCACCAGUGCUGUGACAACUGAUAUGGAAGAACGCUUCUGUGCUAAAGUCCGAGCUAUGGGAACAUCAUGCAUCACUAUUUCUCAUCGACCUGCUCUCGUUGCAUUUCAUGAUGUUGUUCUAUCCUUGGAUGGGGAAGGGGGUUGGAGAGUUAACCACAAAAGGGAGGAUUCACUUGCUGAUGCCGACGCCGACGCUGACUUUCCUAAAUUGAAGUCCUCUGAAACGGAACGUCAGAAUGAUGCCAUGGCAGUUCAACGUGCAUUCUCAAAUACACGAAACGAUUCUACUUUUUCUAGUUCCAAGUCUCAGUCAUAUUUUUCAGAGUUAAUAGCCGCGUCUCCAUCUGAGGAAAUCAGUACCUUGUUGCCAGUUGUCCCACAAUUGCAAAAUGAUCCCCGCGUACUGCCUUUAAGAAUAGCAGCCAUGUUUAAAGUACUGGUGCCCACAGUACUUGACAAGCAGGGAGCACAACUUCUUGCUGUCGCUGUUCUUGUAGUCUCAAGAACUUGGAUUUCAGAUCGUAUAGCUUCUCUAAAUGGAACAACUGUGAAGUACGUUUUGGAGCAAGAUAAAGCAGCCUUUGUACGGUUAAUUGGUGUUAGUGUCCUUCAGAGUGCUGCUUCUUCAUUUGUUGCACCUUCUUUGAGGCACUUGACUGCCAGGCUUGCACUCGGAUGGAGGAUACGCUUGACUGCACACUUACUGAAAAAUUAUUUGAGGAAGAACGCAUAUUACAAGGUAUUUCACAUGUCAGGAGUUAGCAUUGAUGCAGAUCAGAGAAUAACACAAGAUUUGGAAAAGUUGAGCACAGAUUUGUCAGGGCUGGUAACCGGAAUGGUAAAGCCAUCUGUUGAUAUUUUAUGGUUCACAUGGAGAAUGAAGAUGUUAACAGGUCGGCGUGGUGUUGCUAUACUAUAUGCAUAUAUGUUGCUAGGGUUAGGCUUUCUAAGGAGUGUCACUCCUGAUUUUGGUGACCUGGGAAAUCGGGAACAAGAACUUGAAGGGAGCUUUAGGUUCAUGCACGAGAGGCUGCGUACACAUGCUGAAUCUGUUGCUUUCUUUGGAGGUGGUGCUCGAGAAAAAGCGAUGAUUGAGUCAAGAUUUAAUGAGCUUCUUGCUCAUGCUAAAAUACUUCUGAGGAAGAAAUGGUUAUUUGGAGUACUGGAUGACUUUGUCACCAAGCAACUACCCCACAAUGUUACCUGGGGAUUGAGCUUGUUAUAUGCUAUGGAGCACAAAGCUGAUCGUUCAUUGACUUCCACUCAAGGUGAGCUUGCACAUGCAUUGCGGUUUUUGGCAUCAGUUGUAUCUCAAAGCUUCUUGGCCUUUGGUGACAUCUUGGAGCUGCAUAGAAAGUUCAUUGAACUGUCUGGUGGUGUUAAUCGGAUUUUUGAACUUGAGGAACUUCUUGAUGCUGCACAAUCUGAUGAAAACGCUGGUACUUCAUCAAAGUCCAAUGAGGAAUCUGAGGAUGUUAUCUCCUUUUCGGAGGUUGAUAUUAUCACGCCAACACAGAAGUUGUUAGCCAGAAAGUUGACUUGCGAGAUAGUACCAGGGAAAAGCCUUCUUCUCACCGGUCCGAAUGGGAGUGGUAAAAGCUCGGUGUUCAGGGCUCUGCGAGGUCUUUGGCCUAUAGUGGAUGGACGACUUGUUAAACCAUGCCAUGAUGUUAAUGACGUUGCUGAGGCUGAAUCUGGUUGUGGCACUGCCGAAAAGAGGGCGUUAAGUUUGUAUCAACAAGGGCAAAUAGAUGGUGGUGUUGCUGAUGCAAAUAUUCUGGAUAUGCAUUUAAAAAGGAUUCUAGAGAAUGUGAAAUUGUUGUACCUUUUUGAAAGAGAAGGGAGGUGGGAUGCUAGUCAGAACUGGGAAGACAUCUUGUCUCUUGGUGAACAACAGAGAUUAGGCAUGGCUCGCUUAUUCUUUCACAAGCCUCGGUUUGGCGUCCUAGAUGAAUGCACCAAUGCUACAAGUGUGGACGUUGAAGAGCACCUUUAUCGGCUUGCACGUGACAUGGGCAUCACAGUUAUUACAUCUUCACAGCGUCCUGCAUUAAUACCAUUUCACUCCAUGGAAUUACGCUUGAUUGAUGGUGAAGGCAAGUGGGAGCUUCGCUCAAUCAAACAAUAAAUAAUUAAUUAAUUUCCUCCCUUCUUUUGCAAAAACUAAAUCAAAUAAAGGAAGCCAACAAAUAGGGUGGGUAUACAAGUAAGUAUAUGUUCAUUAUUUCAUGUAACAUAACAUAACAUAACAAACAUUAAUAUAUAUAUAUAUCUGUUUUUGUUGUAAAUCUG